GUGACAGAGGUGCUGGCACACCGCGGAGACAGCCUGCAGGGAAAGUUCAUCGAGAUCCCCUGCUCCGAGGACUACGACAGCCACAAAAGAUUCGAAGGGUGCACUCCCAGGAAGUGUGGAAGAGGUGUGACCGAUGCUGUAAUCACAAGGGAAGAAGCUGAAAGGAUCCGUAGAAUAGCAGAGAGGGGACUGUCCUUGGGAGGAUCUGAUGGAGGGGCUGAACUCUUAAAACUUGAAUCCAUGAGCUUAUUUCACGAUGUGGGAGGAGAAUUUGUAACUGUUGUUUAAUUUUUCAGGUACUUUGGGGACAAAAUUCAAGACAUCUUCACAGAAGAGGAUUUUGCAUUAUACCGUGAUGUGAGACAGAGAAUUCAGCAAAGGAUUGCUCAGGAGUUUGGCAUCAGCUCUUCUGCCAUGUACCUGACUAAGCCAACAUUCUUCUCCAGAAUAAACAGCACAGGAGCCAAGACAGCCCACGAUGAGUACUGGCACCCACAUGUUGACAAG